AUACGUGUCUUUUGGGAUUUCCACCAUCCAAAGUACUUCAGUUCAUAUUCAGUAUACUCUCUCAAGUCCUUUGAAUGGCGUCGAAGAAACGUGAUUAUUGUAUAACUGAUGAAACUAAUACCAAAAAAGCAAAAUUUGAUGCAGGGCCAUCAGUAUCUACACCAAGGGUACUCCUUAACCCCGCCGAUUGUGACUUAGAUUUCAAUGUUGAAGGAAAUGGCCUACAAGGUUCAGCACUUUAUGAGCAAGGAUUUGCUUAUUGCUGGUCAGGUGCUCGAGCCAAUAUGGGAAUCACUGGAGGAAAGUACUGCUUUGGUUGCAAAAUCGUUUUAGAUCAGCCCGUAGACAUGGAAGACACACCACUAGAUCAACAACAUGUCUGUCGUGUUGGCAUCUCAAGGGGAGAUGAUGCAGUGGGAAACCUUGGCGAAACCCUGCACAGUUUUGGGUUUGGGGGUACUGGAAAAUUUUCAAGUCAAGGAAGGUUUUCUGAUUAUGGCGAAAAAUUUGGGGUUGGUGACACAAUAGUUUGUUGUGUUGACCUUCAGUCUAGCCCUCUGGCUUCCAUAGGUUUCUCUAAAAAUGGAAAGUGGUUGGGAAUAGCAAAGCAAUUUAAUGCAGGUCCAACUGGUCUUGAAGUGGUGGAUUGUCCAAUGAAAAAUCUACUAUGGCAUUCAGCUCUUUUCCCUCAUAUAUUGCUUAAAAAUGUAGUUGUGCAUAUGCAGUUUAGCAUAGAUGAUGGACUAGCUCCUGUAGAAGGAUAUAAGCCGUGGUCUUGUGCCAUGGAAGAUGGGAAAGCCAUUCCGGGCCCUACUUUCUCAAAUCUGUGCGAUUGUGAAGUUAUGAUGCUGGUAGGACUGCCUGCUUCCGGAAAGAGCACCUGGGCUGAGAAAUGGGUCACGGAACAUCCAGAAAAGCGAUAUGUUUUGCUGGGAACUAAUUUAGCUUUGGAUCUAAUGAAGGUUCCUGGUUUGCUGCGCAAACAUAACUAUGGUGAAAGAUUUGACCGUUUAAUGGACCGUGCUACUGGUAUAUUCAACACUCUUUUGUCUAGGGCUUCCCAGAUUCCUCGCAAUUUCAUAAUUGAUCAGACAAAUGUCUACAAAAAUGCUCGGAAGCGCAAAUUGAAGCCUUUUGCCAACUAUAAGAAGAUUGCUGUUGUGAUUGUUCCAACACCUGAAGAGCUCAAGCUCCGUGGUGAGAAGCGAUUCAAAGAAAUGGGGAAAGAAGUUCCCGCCGAAGCAGUAAAUCAAAUGUUAGUGAAUUUUGUUUUACCUACAAGCAAAGAUAUGCCUCGAGCAGAUGAGUACUUUGAUGAGGUACGGUUUGAAGAACUUGACAGAGCGGAGGCUCAGAGAUGCUUGGAUGAGCUGAAAGCAAAUUUGAAUUCAAAGAGGGAAGUUACCCCUUAUUCUCGUGAAAGUUCUGUGCAGUCACAUAAUAGCCCGUCGAUGAAGUACCCUUGUGAGGCAUACCAGCAGUCGUAUAGUGGUUCUUCAUCGCAGAGUCUCAGAAACUUACCAGGUGGACAUUCAAAUAGUUCGUAUGCUCAGCCUCCACUUCAAGUAUCUCAUGAAACCUUUUACUCAACCCCUUCCAGUUACAACCCCAUGGGUGAUUUUGGUCACCAUGGAAGUCACAAUGCCUAUGGUAAUUCAAGAGGAUAUGACAUGGAAGCUCGAUCAGCUAGCCAUGGAGGGAUCUAUGAGCCUCAUGUGGGUUCUGGAGCUUGGAAUGCAGCUGAGUUACACCAGAGCACCAUGAAUGAUCCCUACCUGAGGACGUCUGGUGGUCCUACAUAUCUGCCACCUGACUUGAGAGGACCUGCAUUUGACUUGAGGAUGCCAACACCAUAUGGCUUUCCUCAAGGGGUUCCUGCUCCAAGGCCACCAUAUGGAAAUUUUCCUUCCGGAGCACAGCAUCCCGGGGUAUACGCUCCACCUCGUCCCAGAUACUACUGAUUGUGGAAACAUGAGAUUCAAAAACACUGUUUGAUAAUACUACUAGUUGUUUAACUAUAGAAUCAAAAUGGUGUUAGCAUGGAGUGAGAGGUUAGGAUUUUGGUGAAUACUAGAUCAUAGUUCUGUGUAUACGGUGGCCAACUUUGGGAUUUGAUGGAUUAUUGAGGAAAAUGUAGAGUAUUACCGUCUCAAGGUAGUGUUUAUGUCAAGCUUGUGAAUACCUCGACUAUACUACUGAAUACUUGUUAAACUUAUAUCAGUACAGGUACUCUUGCCGCCAUAGCUUACUGGGAACAAAUCUUAACAUAUUUUGUCUCUUGGACUCUGAUUUACCAUAGUUUUCAACCAUUUCAUUGA